AUGGAGAGAGAUUCAGAGUUCUUGGUAAAGAAGGCUGAGAGGGCCACACUGAGAACGUGCUUAAGAGACAAAUACAGACUACCAAAGGUAAGACAGUCUCCUGUCAUUCUCCUCCAUGCUCAUGUCAUAUGAAACAAGAGGAGAAAUGCAUAGAAGAAAUACUUUGAAAAAUGAUUUUUUUGAUAAAAAUGCCCUCAAUAGCAAAAUGGCCUCAAUAAUAAAAAACACACAUUUGUAAUUUUCUGUGAAUGACGUAAGGUGAUAAUCUUAUGCAAUUUCUCAGUAAACGAGAACACAUUAUCACAAAUGAGUAAAAUGAUGCAACAGAGGCUGUGUCGGUCGGUGUCAGAGUGUGUGACUGAGUACAUUUACAGGAGCACAUGGCCUGCUAGUCAGAUAGGCCUGAGUAGAGCAAAGAGAUUAAGGCAUAAAAAAAGACCAGUGACCGCGGCUAUCCUGCGUUUGAGCCCCAGGCCUGAAAUGCCCUGUGUGUAUGUGUGUGUGUAUGCCAUCUAUAUCACAGGCCCUGUCAGGGUCAUAGAGGGUCACAUGCAAUGCUAAGCUGUUUAUUUAGCUGUUGGACCUAGGGGCAGAAAUGUUUUCUGACCACGUGACCGAAUCAGGUGCCUUCCGGCCCAAAAUCGUACCUGGUCAGGUCACAUGGUCAGGAAAUAAAUAUUAUAUGUUUUUUUUAAUGGGCCAGGAAGAUAAACUAUAGAAUUUAAACAUGAGAAUAUUGAUACUGGACGUGGGCAUAAUACAUUCGUCCUCAGCCAGUCUGAUCUGUGCAUUGCUUGCUGUGUUUAGAGUGAACAGGACGCAAACCUGAUGGAGUUGGCAGGAGACGACAUCGACGUGCCUGAAGAACUACUCAAAAUGGUGGAUGAGGAUGCCACAGAGGAGGAGGAGAAGGACUCUAUCCUGGGCCAGAUACAGAACCUCCAGAACAUGGAUAUGGACCAGAUCAAGGAGAAAGCCUCGGCCACCAUGGUUGAGAUGAAAUCUAAAGCAGAGGAGAAGUGCUCUGUAAUGUGA